AUGUCCGACGAUCGCUCCACCUCUCCCAUCUCCGUUCCCUCGUCGGAGAAUCGUCCCCGCCGUGGUUCCUUCGCCGGUCUCCCCUUCGACCUUUUCUCCAAGCAGAAUAGCAAUCCAUCCGGCCAGCAGACGGGCAACAAUACCCAAGCCAAUCAACAGCGUCGGCUGUCAAUUACCACCCUGGGUCUCUCGGGCUCGCCCACCCAGACCUCCACCUUUGGAAGCCGGGCCUUCCGUCGAGGCAGCCUGUCCAGCUCGUGGGGGUCCAUCCCGAACAAUGAAGAUGCCGUGGCGGAGGAUGCGGAGGGAUCCUCCCCCGGUGUGACCCCCAGCUCGCCAUUUGCCCGGCGAGUCUCCUUUGGAGCUCAGGCCCUGCGUGAGGCUCGGGCCGGAAGUAUAGGCAAUGGUAGAUACCCACCCCCUAGUUCAUCCCUGGCAGGGGCACGGCGCACCGCGUCGACCGCGGCUGGCCAUAGCCCUCCUUCCCGAUCUCCCGCAUCUGCAAGUUCUUCAGCUGCCCCUCUGGAAGAGAGAUCUAACGCAUCACGCCGCCCAGGCGAAGGCUUCAAUUGGACCGAGGCGCUCCGUCACCGCGCCGAGCGUAACCCAUCCAUCGGGGGGCCGGUCUCCCCGCAGAAUCCUCGUCCGGCCGGUCACCAGCGUGCCGCCUCGAUUGCCACGAUGGAGCAACCUAUCCGAGAAAUCCCUAAGCAGCCUAAGCAGAAUAAACCCGAUUUCUUCCAGGAGAAGAUUCUUCGUGGUGACUUUAUGGAUUAG